AUGGGGUCUGAGCGCGAAGAUCAGGUUUACCUUGCCAAGCUUGCUGAGCAGGCCGAACGCUAUGACGAGAUGGUGGAGGCCAUUGAGAAAGUUGCGAAGCUCGCUGACGAUGUGGAGCUCUCGGUGGAGGAGCGCAACCUUCUCUCGGUAGCAUUUAAGAAUGUUGUUGGAGCUCGCCGCGCUUCGUGGCGUAUCGUCUCCUCUAUUGAGCAAAAAGAGGAAAGCAGAGGCCACGAGGAUCGUGUCACUAUUAUCAAGGAGUACCGCGCGAAGAUUGAGAAGGAACUAGACGAGAUCUGUGGACGCAUCCUCACCUUGUUGGAUGCACACCUUAUUCCUGCAUCUAAAUCCGCUGAGGCGAAGGUGUUUUACCUGAAAAUGAAGGGUGAUUAUCAUCGUUAUCUCGCGGAGUUCAAGUCAGGCGCAGAUCGCAAAGCUGCCGCUGAAAGCACGCUGGAGGCUUACACUGCAGCUCAGGAUACUGCUAAUGCUGAUCUUGCUACUACUCACCCGAUUCGUCUGGGUUUGGCCCUUAACUUCUCCGUCUUCUACUACGAGAUUCUUAACUCUCCUGAGCGCGCUUGCACGCUCGCGAAGCAGGCUUUCGAUGAAGCAAUUGCGGAGCUCGACACGCUCGGGGAGGACUCGUACAAGGAUAGCACGCUUAUCAUGCAAUUGCUGCGGGAUAACCUGACUCUUUGGACCUCGGACAUGCAGCUUGCCAUUCGCUUCUCCCGUCUCAACUUAUUCUGCACCAAAAACGCCGACCGCAUUUCACGGCCUCUUCUAUCCUGCGGCUCGUUACGUUCCGUCACAACCUCGACGUCCCUUUCAUCCCACUUCAACGCCUAUCCCGUCGCGGCACCAUCUCUUACGAUUCGCCAUCCAAGCGCCGUCCACUCCCGCUCUUUCCCGAUCGUCUCCGCCUCCGCCUCCGCCUCCCCUUCGGCAAGUUCCGCAAUGGGGGAAACGGGGGAGUCCGCAAGGCCGCGCGUGCUGGUGGUGGGGCCGCAGCUGCCGCGCCUGGUAUCCGAUCUUGAGCAAUUCGCGACGCUCGUGCACCUCCCGACGGGCGACAAGGCAGCGUGGGGCCCGCUGCUGGACGCGCACGCGGGGGAGAUCCGCGCGGCUGUGACCAACAGCUUCUGGGGCUUCCCCGCGGAGCUCUUCGAGCGGCUUCCGCGGCUGGAGGUUAUCACCAACUUCGGCGUGGGCGUGGAUUCCAUAGACGUGGCGAAGGCCAAGGAGAAGGGCAUCCACGUCACCAACACGCCAGACGUGCUCACGGAUGACGUGGCAGACCUGGCCCUCGGGCUGAUGCUGACUGUAUCGCGGCGGCUGGUGGAGGGAGAUCGAUACGUGCGCGAGGGGGAGUGGGUCAAGAAGGGCAUGAUGCACCUGACGCACAAGGUGUUAGGCAAGCGAGUGGGCAUCAUAGGCAAGCGAGUGGGCAUCAUAGGUCUGGGUCGCAUCGGCCUGGCCAUAGCCCAGCGCGCAGCCGCCUUCAACUGCCCCAUUGCCUACUACAGCCGCCGCCAGCGCUCCGAUAUCCCCUCCUCCUACUCCUACCACUCCUCCCCCACCGCCCUCGCCGCCUCCUCGGAUUUCCUUGUUGUGGCCUGCCCUCUCACCCCGGAAACCACGCACAUUGUAGACGCAUCCGUGCUGGAGGCUCUCGGCCCUUCAGGGGUGCUGAUUAACAUCGCCCGGGGGAAGAAUGUGGAUGAGCCGGCGCUUGUGGCGGCGUUAAAGGAAGGGAGGGUGGGGGGAGCGGGGCUGGAUGUUUUUGAAGAUGAGCCGAAUGUGCCUGCGGAGCUGCUGGAAAUGGAUAAUGUGGUGGUGCAGCCGCACGUGGGCAGUGGCACGUUUGAGACGCGUGGCGUGAUGGCUGAUGUGGUGUUGGAGAAUCUCAAGGCGCAUCUUGCAGGGGAGGCGCUCAAGACGCCUGUGUAG